AUGGAUAACAUCAGACGGUUUAAUGACAUCAUGGAGAUAUAUUAUGAAGUACUAGACAGUGAGAUGAAAAUCUCUGAAGCUAAUAAAGCCAGAUUUGAUAAGAAGAGAUCUGAGGAGGAUUCCGAGUGGACACUCAUGGACCAUGAGCAACAAUGUUCUCACCAAAGUGGAGAUGAUAAAGCAACUUUUGAGAUUACCAAAGAUUGGAAUGGCAUUGACCAAGUCCUUCUCCGAAACCCUCACGGCGCUUCUUCAAAGAUUAGUUUACAUGGAGGACAAGUGAUUUCGUGGAGGAAUUACCAGGGCGAGGAGCUUCUUUUCACUAGCAACAAGGCUAUCUUCAAACACCCAAAAUCAAUGCGUAGAGGGAUCCAGAUUUGUUAUCCUCAGUUUGGAGAUUGUGGAUCACUGGAUCAACAUGGGUUUGCAAGGAACAAAAUCUGGGUCAUCGAUGAGAACCCACCUCCUCUUGCCUCAAACGAGUCCUUUGGAAAAUCAUUUGUUGAUCUUCUUCUCAAAUCAUCAGAAGAGGACUUAAAGCAAUGGCCUCACAGUUUUAAGUUCCGUCUUAGGGUUUCACUUGCCAUAGAUGACGACUUAACAUUGGUUUCUCGGGUUAUAAACAUCAAUGGCAAGCCCUUUAGCUUCUCAUUCGCAUGGCAUGUAAUGAUUAGUAUGUCUGACGGGAGUAAACCCAUGAAUCACGGAAUCUGCAAAUAGUAUUAUCCAACAAAG